AUGCCAAAGACAGAAACAGCCUCUGAAAAGCAGAUGAGUGAUGAGGAUUUGGAGAUGGACAUUGACAUUGAGUUUCUUUUAGCCACAUUCUCUAAUUUGUCAUAUGAGUCUAUCAGUGAUGUUUACUUGGCCAAUAAUCAUGAUCUCGAUGCUACUAUCGAAAUGCUGAACCAGCUCGAGAUUGUAAGCUUGAGUAACGAAUUGAUUGUCCAAUUUCUGCACAUUUUUAGUAAUGAAGCCGAGGAAUACCUCCCAGAUACACUAAACAUUGGUGAUGUGCCUGAAACCAUCGAGUUCUCAACUUCUUCAGCUCCAAAACAAAAGAAUGAAAGUACUGAAGCAAGUGCAUCCCCAAACGCUCCAGUGUGCUCUUCCUGA